AUGGAGGCCCAAAACAGAUCAAUCGCUAGCACCAAUCUCCACCGUACAUUCAACCUCCGCCUCCACGUGGUGCGCGAAGAAAUGCAGGAAACACACCCGACCCGCCAUCUCCAGUCAGGUCUCCAGCUCAAUGCUCUGCCCGGACGACCCGAACCCGCCCAGCCCAUCCGGGGCCACGCUCUCGGGUCGGCCCGAACCCGCCGUCACCGGCAGAGACCGGACGGAAAACGUGGCGGCGAUGUAAAUCGCCCCGUGGGGGGUGAUACUUCCGGCGAGUACGAAGAGGAUCCCCACCUGGGCGCCGCCGUGGAGGAGGUGGAGGGCGCUGCCGUAGUGGGCGAGGGCGACGCAGUUGGGGCUGCGGACGGUGACGUACUGGGAGAAGUUGAAGGUGGAGGUGGAGAAGGCUGGGACCUGGACGGCGUUGACGGAGAUCCGCAGGACCUGGGCUUGAAAACGGUGAAGUAG